AUGAGUUUAACAUCACUUGAAAUAAUAAUAGAUACAUUAUUAGAAUUAAUGGAAGCUUGUAUGAGUGACAUACUGGAUUGUAAAUGGUUAGCACAAUGGCAAGAAUUAGUUAAACAUUUUGCUUUUCAAUUUAAUCCAACGUUUACAAGCAAGACCAAUGUAAGAUUUUUUUUUUUAUAAAACUAAUUUUUCUUUAAUGUUUAAAAGUAUUAUUUAUGGUUGUAUAUAAAAAACAACAAGUGAUGGUGAAAUAAAAACUUUAUUACGUAUAUUUGUUAAAACACUUGAAUCAUUUUCUCA